AUGACUUGCCGGUUGACGAAGAGCCUCUGCGCAGCCACGCUUGGGCUACUGCUGGUCGUCGCCAGGCCCGUUAACGGUAUCGGGGUGCCGGCGUCCCUGGCCCAGACGCUGAGGGACACGUUCGGAGCUGGUGGUGGCAGCGCCAGCAAGGACAACCUGACCAGGCACAUCGCUUCGUGGGCAAGCAUGGCUGGCGGAGAGGACAGUGUCCACAAGAUCGAGAAAAUCCUCAACCUAAUCGAACACAAGCCUGACGAAGGUAAGCGUGAGCAUUGA